GGAAUCGUCUGGUUUGCAGCGCCCCUCAGUGGACAAGAACGUAGCUGCGUGGUGUAACAGUAAACGCUCGGUGCUCGCGAUAUAAAAACUAAUUUCUGGAUAAUAAUAAUGAGACAUAAGUCGUGGAUAGGAGCACAGGAACGUAUAAAUAAAAAUAAAAAUCGUGUUUGAGGUUUUACAUUUUCCAUAAAGGUUACGCAUGCGCAUUGUUUGUCUCGUGAUUGGCCCGCCUGAGUACCCCGGAAGUAGUGUGAAGGUCUUUGGCUGCAGUUUUGAGUUUGGAUAACGCUGAAGUCAAAAUGGGCGUAAAAAUAGAGAUGUUCAGAAUGAUGUUGUAUUUGUCUUUCCCCGUUACCAUGUUCUGGAUCUCGAAUCAAGCGGAAUAUUUUGAGGAAUACAUCGUAAAGAGGAAGAGGGAAAUCUUCCCCGCUGACGAGAGACUUAAUAGGAAAGAGUUGGAGGACUUUAAGGAGAGAAUGCGAACACAGAAGGAGCAGCGGCAACUGAAACAAAUCUGUAUGGAGUCAGAGAACUAAGGAUAUUUUGUGAAAUAUAUUUAUACUAAAACUGAUGAUGGUAUGUAAGGAAACAAUGUAUGGAGUGGAGUGGAGAGAUUAGAAUUUUCAUGAGACUUUCCCACUGAACUUUGAUUACGCAUACAUGUGAUGUAAUUAAGGUUAUAUGGGGGUUCACCAAUUGAACAUGCCACUGGACUUUUUAUGUGUGGUCUGUUUAUUGUUUCCUUACUUUGAAUUAUAUCACAUGUAACAAGAGGGACUCAGUAAUAUUCUUGCAACCAUCACCUAUAAAUUUGACACAGGUUGUCAUGAUUUUGUGUGUGUGACUGCUUGUUUUCAUAUGCUUAGAGGGGGGAGCUCAUAAAUUAUUUGUUAAUAUGACAUUAAUAAAAGUAUAGUGUGCACCAAAUCUACACACGA